CUCCGCCCCGCCGCCCCCUUCCCAGUGGCCCCUCCCCGCGCAGGUCCCGACUCCAGCCGCACCUCCUCUGGCUCUGCAGUGGCGGCGGGGAGGCGAGCCGGAGCGACUGCGGGGCCGGGACCGGAGCAGAGCCGGGGUCGGGCAGCAGCAGGGACCCCCGGAGGCGGGGCCUGUGGGACCGCUAUGGGCGUGGAGAUCGAGACCAUCUCCCCCGGAGACGGAAGGACAUUCCCCAAGAAGGGCCAGACGUGUGUGGUGCACUACACAGGAAUGCUCCAAAAUGGGAAGAAAUUUGAUUCAUCCAGAGACAGAAACAAACCUUUCAAGUUCAGAAUUGGCAAACAGGAAGUCAUCAAAGGUUUUGAAGAGGGCGCAGCCCAGCUGCGUCCUCUUUCUCCUCUCCCCAUCUGCCCCCAUCCCUGCUAGAUGAGCUUGGGGCAGAGGGCGAAGCUGACCUGCACCCCUGAUGUGGCAUAUGGAGCCACGGGCCACCCCGGUGUCAUCCCUCCCAAUGCCACCCUCAUCUUUGACGUGGAGCUGCUCAACUUAGAGUGAAGGCAGGAAGGAACUCAAGGUGGCUGGAGAUGGCUGCUGCUCACCCUCCUAGCCUGCUCUGCCACUGGGACGGCUCCUCCCGUUUGGGGCUCUUGAUCAGUGUGCUAACCUCACUGCCCCAUGGCAUCAUCCAUUCUCUCUGCCCAAGUUGCUCUGUAUGUGUUCGUCAGUGUUCAUGCGAAUCCUUGCUUGAGGAAACUUCGGUUGCAGAUUGAAGCAUUUCAGGUUGUGCAUUUUGUGUGAUGCAUGUAGUAGCCUUUCCUGAUGACAGAACACAGAUCUCUUGUUCGCACAAUCUACACUGCCUUACCUUCACUUAAGCCACAUACACAAGGUGCUCAGACAUGAAAUGUACAUGGCGUACACAGAGGGACUUGAGCCAGUUACCUUUGCUGUCACUUUCUCUCAUAAAUUCUGUUGGCUGCUCACUUAAACAAUGUCCUCUUUGGAAAUACGUAAAAUAAAGGCUCUGUGCUUGACAAA